CCCGCUCCAGCAGCUUAAAUCGGUUUGCGUGACAACAAAAAACACAUACAGAUACAAUGAAGCUCAUCGCCGCUUACCUCCUCCUCCAACAGGGUGGCAACGCCUCCCCCUCUGCCGCUGACAUCAAGGCGCUCCUCGAGACCGUUGGUGUCGAGGCUGAGGAGGACAGGCUCUCCAAGCUCAUCUCCGAGCUCGAGGGCAAGGACAUCAACGAGCUCAUCGCUGAGGGUUCUUCCAAGCUCGCUUCCGUUCCCUCUGGUGGUGCCGCUCCCGCCGCUGCUGCUGGUGGUGCCGCUGCCGGUGGUGCCGCUGAGGCUGCCCCUGCUGAGGAGAAGAAGGAGGAGGCCAAGGAGGAGUCUGACGACGACAUGGGCUUCGGUCUCUUCGACUAAGCAUGUUAUUUUCGACACCAAAUUGGUUUUUACCGCUUGUGGAUGUGAGAUUCAAGAGGCGAGGCAAGUUCUGCGCAUUAGUAGACGGUUCUGCCCAUUUGAAAUAUCAUAUGCAUGAGUCCUCUUCUCGCAGCCUGCCAUGUUUUUUUCCAUCGGCAGUUGCCCCGUAUCUCGUUAUUUUUAAGCCUUCAUUUGAUACGCGUGGUUAUUCGACUUAAUCUUCAGAAGGUUUAAUGAGUGCCUUGAUGGAUGCAAGUGGCGAGUAUCGCGA